AUGUCAGGCUCUGCGCCGUCAACCGCCACCGUACUCGAGUUCCGCUGUCUCUUCACUCAUGACCUGCGCCGCAAGCAGAAAAGGUGGCAAGAUGGACGACUCAAGUAUCACUCCUUCAAUGCACGUGUCAUGGUCUAUGACGAACGUGGGAACUCGGUUGGGGACAUGCACUGGCACGGCGAAUACGACUUUGGCGAGGGCGAGGAGGUCCAACUUGAUCGUGGUGGCGUCAUUGUCCAAGUUGAGGAACUCGUGGAACGUAAGGAGACCGACUUGACUGAGCUUGUCGACAAGCGACUCCAGGAAAAGCAGCAGCGCCAGAUACAGCAGCUGGCCCGGUCAGCGGCCCUUAGUGCUCCGCAGCGACAUCGACCGCUUCACAAUGUCAUUGGAACCCCGACUGGCCACCAUGGAAAGGCUUUGGUUCCCAAGGAGUCUCCCUAUGAACAGAGGCAGGAGGCUGCUGAAUCCCCGGAUGACCGAGCCGCCAAGAAGAGGAGGUACGACGAUCCUCCUCCGAGCAAGAGCGGGUAUGCAUCGGCAUUAUUCGGGCAAACCCUAACGCUCAGUGCCACGCCUUCGAGUUCCGUCCCUGCCAUUCGUCGGCCGAGGCCUGAAGCAAGAUCAGAUCCACCAACGGAGGCUGAUGCUCGAGAUGCUCGGGGAGACCCAAAGCCAGCAAGGCGUGAGCAGCCACAAUCGUCUCGGCGUCUCAAUCAGAGUGGCUAUGCACAAUCCCUCUUCGGCCAAACCUUGACCCUGAGCCACACCCCCGUGAGCUCUGUGCCGUCGUUGCCCCAGCCACAUAAUGAGCCGGCCUCGAGUCCAGUGGUCGAUAACGAUAGACAAGACCCUCGGGAUACAGCGCGACCAGUACCACCGCAACAUCCCAGUGAGCCUCGUCAUCUUGGCCAGCCAGGCAGCAAGCCUCGGUCCGCUUUGCUAAGCGCCCAAACCAGCAUGGGCAAUGGGCUGGCAAAGGGUAGCGCUGAUAUCGAGUUCUCUAAGGCACAUGCCAAGAGCAUUGAAAUCAUCGAGAUAGAUGAUCCGGAACCUGCUGCGCCUCCGCUUAUCCGAAAACCGAGGACGCAAAAGACCACCCUAGCGAGUCUGCGAAAUCCGGAAGAAGAUGUGAACAAUUCCGACGUGGCGGCGGGGCCUCUUGAAGACUCGGUUCGCUCAAGAAGGCAGCAGAGAUUGGAGCCUGGUCGUGGGGACAAAAACAAGAAAGCCAAGAGCCACGACAGAACCAAGAAACACGACAUAACUGUAUCUAAGGCUAAUGUGAGCAAUGUCAGCUCUGAUCGCAGGCAAUCUGAAAUUCAUGAAAACGUUACGCGUGCCACUGCCGUGACAAAGGACCCAGCACUACCCGUCACAGAGCUGAGGAUCAAGUCCAGCAAAAAACGCGGUCUCUUGAUGAUAUCGGACACAUCAAAGGCCAAGAAGACGCGCCGACAAGUAGCUGCAGAUUCAGCCAGACCUUUUGAGGGGAGUUCAAGGCAUCAAUCGAGGGACUCUGAUGACGACGACCCAUUUCACUCUCCAUCAUCGCGGCCGGCAAACAAGUUUGGGAACGGCCGCGAUGUUGGUGAAUCGGCCAACAACCCUCCUACGGUAUCUAGCCACGUAUUGAGCAGCAGCGAUGAUGACGAGAAUUACCCGGAUUACCCGAUUUUGAAUCGCGGUGGACAGUGGGAGAACGAAGAAGCGAUGGGCGAGCUCGGGAAGAAGUCCGCGCAGCGCACGAUUUCGACUGAACUCGGCGAAGACGACGACCCUUUUAGGUCAUCCUCACCGGCAAUCCCAGAACAGACGCAUGCCAGGCCCAAGCCAGCGACACGGGACAGCGACAUGCAACUGGGAUAUGCGAGACCCGAUCGCGUGGAGACCACUGCCCAGAAUAGGUCCGAUCCUGGCUUGUCCGCCAGAAGUAAUGGAAGUCGCGGGCCUGGUGAUGCCGUCCAGCCUAUGAAGCAUACCUCGCUUUCAAGGGCGGGAUCUGACCCCUAUCGGAUCCCAUCUUCUCCGCAAGCUUCCAGUCCUGGUGAUACAUCAUCUGCCCAGAGGAAAAGACAUGGGAAUGACGUUUGUGAUGAGAUACUCAGGCCAAUGGAUGACAACAAAAAGCUGAGCAAGGCCAAGAAACAAAGGCAUAGUCGAAGAAAAAUCAUUUCCGACGAGGAUAAUGAGGACGACACUGAGAUGCUGGCUUCACUUCCCAAGAAAUCCGAUUCCGGCUCUGAGUCUGAAGACGUGGCUGCUUCCAGGCUCAACGAGGGCGCUCGCAAGAAACAAACGAAGUCGAGAAAGGCCACAAGCACAAAGACCAGCGCGCAGGAGGAUCCUUCUAUGGUCGAAUCUGACGAUGAACGGCCAAAGAGAGCUGCACGGAAAUCCAGAGGUCAGCAAAAGGAACUUGAAAACGGCUCAGACGAGGAUGAGCUGCCUAUAAAGCGUCGCCAGUCAACGAGACAAAGACGAUCUCGAGCCGCAUCAUAUGAAGAGCCCUCGCCUCUGCCGAGUGGACAAGAUUGUUCCGAGGAGGAAGAGAUUCCGAGGAAACGACGCAAGACCAAGACUUCCAGAGCAUCAGAGGAUCACCCUCGCCUGGAGAAAAUCAAGAAGAAUGUCAAAAGCAGAGAGCUUGUCGGCUUCAAUCUCGCGGCACUGAACGCACCUCUCGGCCUUAGGGGGAUCGGGAUGCCAUUCAGUAUUCUGCCUUCGCCUGUGAACGAGACCGUCCAGGGAACGGUCUCGAUUCAUGCUGCAGUGGAUGAGACUCUGAGCCCGGUGACAGUAAGGGGUGAUGAUCAGAUGUUACCACCCAGUCCCAACCCGCCCGAGGCACCCUUCGAAAUGAAAGCUGAGGCACAGCGGAAGAGCUCUACGGCAACAUCGAACAGAGAAACACCAGGUCGUGUACUACUUGCUCCCUCUGGAUCCCAUGUCAUCAAGAGAAACACACCUGAUGAGAAUCUUUUGGGUGAACUUGGCAGGUUGGACGGGCCAGGAGACCCACGGCUUCCAGAGGAUCACGCUUCUAAGAAGUUAGAUGCGCCAGCAGCCAACUCACAAAGCUCUGGACCAGUUGACAAGGACCAAGUCCCCGUCCAGGACGCUUCGUCAUCGAAACAGAGAAGGGCAUCGCGUCAGCAGCCCGGCCCCAGCAAGCCGAAGCUGGCAGCACAACAACAUGAUGCCGCCGCCCUGAUGCUACGGGACAGUGCGACUGGGACCUCUUCCAAACACUCGCUUCCGAGCCUGAACCAUCCUGUGCAAGAAAAGUCCGCAACUCUUCCCAGGCAAUCAUCGACAGGGGUGAAUGACGCGAUGCCCGAGGACCUAGCGCCAGAAGUCCCCACGAAGACAGUGACAGGAGCUCAACCGUCGCCUGCGCCCGCUCCUGCUACGAAGCCCUCAAUCCACAUUAGAGCUUCCCUUGAAGACAGACCUCAUGCAAAUAACCAGCAACCGUCGAGAACUGUCCAGGCGACAGGUGACAAGACAAAAGGCGCCACAGAAGCAAUUCCAGCAGAGAACAUUACAGCGGAUCCUUGUGCCGAUAGAACACCCAAACAACAAGCAGCUACGCCGCUCAACCAGCAGAAGCCAGGUAUUAGGAAGCAGCCGUCUACACUUGGACGUGCACAUGCGUCAAACACGGUUGAAAGCAAUCCGACUGUCCCAACAGGUGCUCCCAUCAUCCCAUCGGCAACAGACAAACCUGAAUCAACCUUGAACCGGCACUCAUUGAACACUGGUGACCAAAACUCUGCGACAGUUGAAAAGGCGGCGGAUAACCCAGAGUCCGACACAGCAUCCGAUCUCCCCGUCCCUCAAUCAAAGGUCAUCGGCCUACGCCGUGAAUUCUCAGCUCCACGACGUAUCAACAACAUUGCCGCAAAAUUAGCGGCCCAAGCUGAAACGAGUGAAACUUCGUCAACAGACGUACAUACGAAGCCGGCCUCUAACGCGCGCCUGGCCAACCCGGCGUCUCGAGGCCGCAAAGCAGCACUGGCGUCACAUGCAGCAGGACAAGUUCCGCAACGUGUACUUCCGCCCACCCAGCCUGCCUUGAUGGUUCCAAUUUCUACGGCAGACCUGGCGAUGACUCCGAUCGAGCAGGCUCCGAAGGAACCUGAGCGGCCCAAGAAGAAAAUGACGUUCCCUGGAUUUCAGUCCGCUAGGAGCGAUGGGCCUUGGAGUAGAGAAGCUUUCGAUUUGCUCGAGAGUGGCAGGCCUGAUUGA